ACGUUGGGGGAGGGUGUUUGUGGAUCUGAUGCUGUUUCACACGGAUAAGCUAGCAUUCAACAGUGUGCUGACCAUCUUGGCACCCCUGGGCUGUGCAAUGAUGAACCCUUUUUUUCACUUUCUCUCUUUGUGGAAACCCCUCCUGCUCACUUGAUGCCCACCAAACAGAACAUUUCUUACCAUGAUGUUAUAAAAAUUUAUUUCAAAACAGGAAUGGAACAAUGAGAAUUCACUCAUUAGAUCAUCAUUGAAUCUCUAAACAAAGCUUUCUAACAAACCAUGUUUCAUAGGAAUCCAGCACUUGCAACUGAAUGCAUGACACACCCAAUCAAGGCAAAACCAACAAGAAACAUUUUUUGAAACCGUGAGUCCAACCUCUGAACAUGCAACAAGUUCAACCACAGAUUUUUUCACAAUCAGACUGAAGAGUUUUUUAUAUUGUUAGAUUUCUCUGUUUCGAAACAUGUGGCGUGCAAGGGCAUCGCGCACCAACUUCCCCUCCUCCCGGUGCCUUCUGUCUCCCACAGGGAGUUCAAGAGAUUCCUCAUCCACCUCCACAGGCCUCACGGGAGAAUCAUCCUCUGGAAUGCCAUGACCUUUCAAUUCACAAAUGUUAUGUAGCACCACACACGCGGUAGCUAUGCAGGUCACAUUCUCCUCCGCAACCAUAAGCUGUGACCUCAAACACCUCCAGCGCCCCUUCAAACGUCCGAAACAUCUUUCCACUAUGGUCCUAGCUCUGGUGAGGCAGCGGUCAAAGUAUGCUUCUGCGGGAGUGUGGGGCCUAUUGAAGGGCUUCAUCAGCCACCUUCUCAUGGGGUAGGCUGCAUCAGAUAUGAUGAGUGGUGGCACGGUUACACCCUCUAUUGUAAGACUGGGGUUGCCUGGCACAAACACCCCCGCAUCCAUUGCCGUACAAAUUGCAGAAUUCACAAAAACAAAGGCGUCAUGGUUCCGCCCACUCCAGCCAACCUCUGCAUCAAUGAAUCUUCCAGUAUGGUCCACCGUGCCCUGGAUGAGAAUGGAAUUGAAUUUCUUGCGGUUGAUGUACUCCCGUCCACGGCCUUUAAAUUUGCAAAUGGCAACAUGGGUGCCAUCAACUGCACCAAUGCAAUGAGGAAAGCCAAGUUUCUGAAAUCCAGACAUAAUCUGCAAUGAAAGAGAAAAAAACAAGAUUGCUGUUAGAGAGAAUCCCCUCUUUCUCCCACCGCCUAUAUUCAUAAUCUCCUCACUACAGCGCUGAGGCAGUCUCACAUCUCCAGAAUCCAGAGGAGUUAGCCAUAGUCUGUACUAGUGAAAUAAAAAAGAGUACAGUAGAACCCUCAGCACUUGCAAAUUUUACUGUAGCUCAAGCUUUUGAGAAUCACAGUUCGCUUGUUCAAACGCACAAGAAAAAAGGGAACCGCGACUCUCGAAAGCUCAUGGCACGAUAAAAUUGGUUUAAAGGUGCAGCUCAUUGCCUACAUGUCAGCAACAUAGUUUUUUGUGCUUCAAAUUGUAAUCUUUGACCAGUACAGUUUGAAUGGAGACUGUUACUCUGGGAGAUGAGUGCGUACUCACCCUCGCCACAUCAGGUCCAAGGCACACGACUCUACUGAGUAGCUCCAAUUCUAUCGCCAAGCAGACCUCCAAGACGAUUCCUGCCACUGUUGAAAUACCCACUCCGAAUUGGUUCAUGCAUUGACGGUAAGUCGAACAGUUGGCAAGAUACCAAAGUGCUAUGGCGACUCUCAUCUCCACAGAGAUUGGAUUGCGAAGUCUGGUGCGCUGACGGGAAAGACGGUGCCCUAUGGAAUGAACCAAUUCAUUGAAAGUCUCCCUGGUCAUACGAAAAUUUUCAAUCCACAGCUGGUCAUCCCAUAUGGCAGUGACGAAAUUGUCCCACCAGUCCCUGCUACGGGGAUAAAUCCAGUAGCGACGGGGGACUCUGAUUCCGGCUACAGCGAGAAAACGUGCUCUGUUCAUUGCUGUUCUCCUUGUUCUCCAUAAAGGCGGAGGUAUGCACCUCAGUGCAAGUGAUUUCCUAAGCAUUCUCCUUCUUCUAACCACUCGCAUCCAGUAACUGUUGCAGGCAUCGAUCGAUCGCUGAAUAUAGAUAAAGAUGAUGUGAAGCAAGGCCAGUGCCAAUGCUCGGACCGCAGACAUAAUUCAGCAGAAUAAAAUCGGGCUCAAAAAAUCCUCCGCAAUUCCAAAGUAUGCCGUGAGACAAAUGUGUUCACAAGAGUGGAGAACGCACAGUUCCAAGGAAAACUCCCGCCCAAGUUGGCCAGCCUAUCAUCGUGGCCACAUUUUUGGCGGGAGAAAAAUCAUGACUUCCUAGAGGGGAGGAAGGACAUUUGCUAGGGAUAGUUGUGCUUGUGUCUUUUAGGGCAAAGAGCAUAGAGUAGACUUGCAGGAGCAGAUUGACCAGUUCUUCCACUCAAAUGUCGCGAUGACUACACAUGUGAUGGAGCAAAAUUAAGAGGGGCGGAUUACAGUGGAUUGAUGUGUUGACCCCCUCCCCAGUCCAGUUUUCCUGACUCUGAAACACCUAAAAAAAAAAAAAUAGCGGUAUGUAUGUUUUGUGAAGUAGCGCUUUGUUUUAUUAAAAAAAAAGUACUCGGUCCCGUUUUUUUCAAGCACAAGGAAUGCAGUCAGUCUAAAGCGUUGUGUGAUUCUUUGCCCUGUCAAUUCGCACACGCACCACUGUCUUGUUCGGUUCCCACAAUUUCUUUCCCCUUUACUAGUCACGUGAUGGAAAAGAAAUCGAGUUUCACGUUCAUCCAUCCACGAAAGAGUAAAAAACGGUGCGGUAGGGUAGGAAAUCUUGUCCUAGAUUUUUUUUUAAAAUGGUUUAUCUGUGUUCACCACGAAUUAAACAAAAAUACACUUCAAUGUCACAGUCACAAGUCCACACGCUUCUGAGAAAUUAUCAUAAGCCUCCACUUGAUCUGUCCACCAAAAUAAAUUUUUACUUGAGAACAUUCCAUGUUUUUGGCGGGCACUAAGACGAUUGGCUAAAAUCGUUGAGGGGGCGGGCGGAUGAAAUGGGAGACCAAUCACUCUUGAGAGAACUUUUUGGAAUUUGUGUGUGGCGCAGUUCACUUGGUGCAAAAUGAUUUCCCGGCGUCAUGGAAAUGUCUGGGAAGUGGAGGAGGUAUCUCUUCUUCUGAGGGUUGUUCGGAGGAGUGGGCAUGCAUCUCGGUUAAUGGCCAGCACGCAAUCAAGCAACCGCGGCAUCUAUCGAUUUCUUUCAAGAGUGCUACGCAGUCGCGGAUUUCAUCGAACGGCCAACCAGUGUCGAAGCAAAUUCCAAAAACUGAAGUCCGAUUUCAUUUCAUCAAUGGAGGCACUGCAAUGCAUUCCUAGAAGCAGUCGUAGAAUUAGGGUGCACAACGCGAUGAUGCUAAUCUGGAAGGCGGCAGGGAGGCCUCGAUGUCAAGAAAGACCUCAUGAUGAGAUUAUCUGUGAAAGAGCAGUCAAGAUUGAAGAAACUUCAUCUGAGGAUGAUGAGAAUUCAGAAACUGUUGCAGUGGAAUCAUCAAGUGCAGCAGAAUCUGAUGCGCAAGCCUAUGCACCUCUUGGAGUGACAACUGAAGACCCAGCAAAGAUCAAUACAGCAGCAGUUCCUCAAGCUUCAGAGAGAGAAAGAACAGAUGACAGUGGAUCUCAUUGCCUAGAAACUGAAGAAACCGUAAUCGUUAUAUCUUCCGGCAGUAGUCACGAAGAAGCAACUGAUGACAUGACUGCUCCUGAAACCAUAAUGCCCGGAGAUGUAUCUCCACAACCGAGUACCUCAGCUUCUUUAGCAACACACAGUGGUGCCGCAGUGAGAAAGUAUGCCAUGAGCGCUGAGCACAAACUUCACAUAAUUGAGGAAACAACUUCUUCUGAUGCUGAGGAUGAGGACAGAAACGCCGUUGAGGAAGGCAGAACCGAGGAUGCAGAGGGAACUCCAGUUCUCUCAUUUUCCACAGGUGAUACUUCAGCGGGAGGUUUGCGUGACAUGAUGCCAAAUAAAGACCAAUCCGCUGAUAUUGGCGAGAUCUAUCGUAGUAUGCAGGGAAUACAAUCUCUAUGUCUAUCAAGAAUGGGAAGAUACCAUGAAAGAAUAUGCCGAUUGGAGAGAAACAAUAGAAGCCUUCACAAAGAACUGAGUUCUCUAAAGAAAAAGGUUUCUGCACUUGAGCGAGGUCAUCGUAGCUCAGGAUCAGAGCAAUCAGGAGAUGACAAGAAGAAUUAGCCAGUGUUAUGUCAGCUUGAAGAAUGUUUAAGCAAUAUUUUAGUUUGUUUCAGAAAGAAAAAAAAUGUAUGUUUAAAAAUAACGUAAUGGAAGGAAAGAUUACAAUUGACAACUCUCACAUGUCAAUUAUUUCCAGUGCUUUAUGAAUCAUGUUGAAGUUGUUUGCAAUGUGGAUAAUAAUUUCUCAUGAACAGCAAAAGCAAGAUCUUAUUUUCAUUUUUUUCUAAUCACUGUGUGGUUCUAAUGUCAUGCAAAAUUGGAAUUUUGAAUCAGUGACAAGAUUUUUGUUCCUUGGUGUUGGGAAGUCUGUGUUAUUUGUUUCUGAUAAAUAAAUCUGUUUUCAAUGUUAAAAAAUAA